AUGUCCGCCACAAUAUCCGCCACAAUCCAACUACGCUCCAGGGAUGUGAUCCUCGAGCCUCAUGACCUUUUAUCAUCUCGGGACAUCCGUAAGGAGAAAAUUGGGUUAGGAGAUGAAACCGGCGUCCAGGGUCGCUUCAACCAGUCAAUCAGCCAAGCUGUGGGAGCUGUGCUAGAGGCGCAAUCAAUUGAAGUAUUGCUUGAAGACUUCAAAGCCUCGGGAGUGCAUAGGCUUCCUGAUUCUGAUUAG